UGAAGAAAAAUAAUACCAACAUAAGAGAGAUAAUGGAUAUUAUUUGUUGAAAAUUGUAAAUGGGUUUGUCAAAGUAUAAGGAAUUUUGUGCUUUGAUAAUGAUUGUAAAGGAAUGAAGGCAAUGUCCCACGCUGAAGCCUCGAAUAUCUUGCAGUAUUCUCCUUUUAAUUCGUCAGUGGAUCCAAGUUUUUGGCAUAAAUUAUCGCAUGUGAAACUCGACAUUGACAGACUGGAAGAAAAAGUUCGUCCUAUUUGGGGAUAUUAUUCAAAUGCAAUUCCUCCUGGAUUGACAUCGUACCUUCAUGUAGACUGCAGUGCAUAUAACACGGAGUAUGAAGUACAAAAACCACUUCUUGCUUCAUAUGGUAUUUUACUUAAUAAGAAUACACUUGAAGCGUUCAAGAAUUGCAAUAAAAUUGCAUUGUUAGAAGAACUUGGCCAAGAGUUGUGGCAGAAUAUUACUAGUGGAGAAGCACUGAAAAACCCUGCCUUAUUAUCUCGGUUCUUCUUACUGACAUAUGCGGAUCUUAAAAAGUACCAUUUCUACUAUUGGUGUGCAUUUCCAGCACCAAAUUUUCCAACAAUAACUUUAAACAAACAGCCAUUAAGAUUAGCUGAUGUUUUCUCAGAAAAGCAGGUCACAGAACUUGCAAAAGUAUACCUGGAAGUAGAUGACUGGAGGGAGCGAGGGUACUUUCUUAUCAAAGUUGACAGUGAUGGUGAUUCCAGUUGUAUUAGCAUUCUUCCAUUAUGUGAUGUAAGGGCGGUGCCUGUAGCUAUUCCAGAUGGCGAAGAUAUUAAGAAGACUGAGGGUAUUUAUGUGGGAGUGGCUGAUCCCUGCCCAUUACAUGAUCAUCCUGGUUGGCCUCUGAGAAACCUGCUAGCUUUGUUAUCUUAUCAUUGUUCAGAAUUAGUGGGAUCCAGGUUGAAAGUGUUAUGCCUUCGUCUUCGAUUGCGGCCCUGCUCUACAUGGAGUACAGAAGACAGCCUUAUUCUGGAGGUCACAUUACCUCCUUCUCCCACCACAGAACCUCCCUCUCCAGAAACAUUUCCUCCACAUUUUGAGUCUGAAGCCUUAGAUUCACCUAAUGAAUUGACAUUUCAUGUGAAUAACACAGCCCAUUCUUCUGGAAAUAAGCUAAAAUGGGUUGGAUGGGAGCGAAAUGAAAGAGGGAAGUUUGGUCCAAGAAAGAUGAAUCUCAGCUCAUCUAUGGAUCCUGUCAAGUUAGCUGAGACAUCUGUAGAUUUGAAUCUGAAGUUGAUGAAAUGGCGCUUGAUGCCACAGCUGGACCUUGACUUGAUAAAAAACAGUCGGUGCUUGCUUCUUGGUUCUGGAACUCUUGGCUGCUCUGUCGCUCGAACACUGUUGGGUUGGGGAGUUCGUUACAUAACAUUAGUAGAUAAUGGCUGUGUUUCCUAUUCAAAUCCUGUGCGUCAGUCUCUCUUCACGUAUAAAGACAGCCUGAACAGUGGACGGCCCAAAUCUGAAGCUGCUGCAGAUGCAUUAAGGGCAAUUUUUCCAGGAGUGGAAUCUCGGGGAGUACAACUUAAUAUUCCUAUGCCGGGUCAUCCCAUUGGUCCAUCUCUGUUGGCUGAUACUAAAACUAGCACUCAACUUUUGGAAGAGUUGAUAGACAGUCACGAUGUAUUGUUCCUCCUUAUGGACUCCAGGGAGAGUCGUUGGCUUCCCACGCUUAUUGCAGCAAGCAAGAGAAAAGUACGAUAA